AUGGCUGGUCAAAUGCCCAUGAUGCCGCAGCAGAUGCGGCCACGCAUGCCGCAACAGACUAUGCUCAAUACGCUGAUGAGCAUCAUCAUGACGCAGCAGCAGAACAUGCCACCUCCGUCAGGUUGGCAGGCAGCUCUACCACCUCAGCAUCGCGUCAACAAUGCUGGUAAUCUACUAACCAAUACCUUUCUCGCCAAUCCACAGAGCGAUUCUACUCAGACGAUGAGCGCGAUCAUCAAUUUUGAGAGGGAUUGCUACAUGCACUCGCCAAGCAAGGUGCCAUAUGACCAGAAGGUCCAGAAUAGAUUACAGGAGCUCUUUCUGAAACGCCAGUCCAACGAAUUAACUCUUCAGAACACCUUGAAUCAACAGCAAGCCGCGCAAAUGCAAGGCCGCGCACAGAAUCCGCAAGCACCUAUGAUGAAUCAGCCGGGCAUGAUGCCGCAACAAAUGCGAAUAGGCCAAACUCCACAGCAAGGCUUUCAGCAUCUACAACAACAGAUGCAGGCGUCUCCUAUUCCUGGCCAACCACAGCAGUCCGGGAUGGGCAUGCCUAAUCAAGGCGUACUCCCCAUGGGCACAAAACCGCAACAGCCAACGCAGAUGGGCCCAGGUCAAAUGCGUCGAGGCUUGACUGUAAACAACAUCCCUCCCCAGGAAAGGCAGCGACUGCAGCAAGCGGCCAUAACCAGAUUCAACAGCCUGAGCGAGCCGGAGAAAGCCCACUAUCGGAAUUUGGCGAUGCAAAAACUCAAUCCACAGCAAAUUCACAUGCUAAACUCCAAGGGACAAGAUGUGGCACUUCAUUUCAUUCAACAGUCCUUACAACAGCAACAGCAACAACAACAACAACAACAACAGCAGCAGCAACAGCAACAACAGCAGCAGCAGCAGCAACAACAACAACAACAGCAGCAGCAGCAGCGGCAAGCGCAGCAACAGCAACAGCAGCAACAGCGCUCUGCCAACGCUCACGGGGCCAAUCCGGGCGGGCAGCAAGCUGGGUCGGCAGCAAUCAAUGGAGAUCUGGGACCUUUCUCCAAUGUUGAACUCAUGAACCAGCAAAAGGCCGGCAUGAUGGCUCAAGAAGCAGGUCAAAUGGUCGUACCCGCGAGUGCUGCUGGUCGCAAUGCCACUCCACAACCGGUAGGAGGCGCCUCUGCCCCUGGCCAACCCGGUGUCCAACAGGGAGCAGCUCAAGCUGGUCGCCCGCAACAACCACCGCUGAACAUGCAACAAAACCAGCAAAUGCAAAUGGACCAGGCAGCAGCAAAAACUCAGGCCUCGAUUCGGGCUCAAGCCCAGGCAAAGCAGAUGCAAGGUCAACCUGGGGGUCUAGGCGGACCAGGCGCAAUGACACAGAGCCCUGCCAUGAACACUCUUAAUGCUCCAGUCCAGCGGCCGCCCGUGGCAAUGGGGCAGCAAAUGGGCCAGGGAAAUCCUAACCUCGGACCAGGCGUGGACAUGCGGCUCAACCAAGGGAACCCACGGCCGCAGCCUGGACAAAUCCCCAACAGGAAUAAUCUAAUGGCGAUGAUGAUGCGCAACCUGGGUCCUGAUCAGCAACAAACCCUUCGCAUGUUGCCCCCUGAGAAACAAAAUGAGGUCCUCGGCAAGUGGCUCAUGGCGAACAACCGACAACAGAUGGCCAGCCAGCCUCAGGCCCCGGCUCAGCUUGGCCAGUUUGGUCAGGGUAAUCCCAUGGCACAAUUUACUCCCGGCGGCAACAUGACACCGCAGCCUGGUGGCAAUAUGCCUGGAGGCAACUCGCAAAAUCCUACACUGGUACAACAGCAGCUGAACAGAAUGCGUUCUACUGCACCGGGCCAGCCUGGUUUGCCUCUAGAUUCUAGCACUGCUGCAGCAUUUAUGGACUCUUUGGACGUCCCUCCAGCUGUCACAGGACAGAUACCGCACCUGCCUCCCGCGAUCAAGAAAUGGGGUCAGCUUAAGCAGUGGAUGAUACAAAACAACGCCAAUCCUAGCGCUCAGAACAAGAUUCUUUCGCUACAGCAAAUGCAAUUCCAAAGGCUGCUCAGCGCUCAGAGAGCUCAACCCCCUGGGGGCGCUCAACUACCUCCUGGCGCCCAGCCUCCAGGCCCUCAAGGACAAGUGGUUGGCCAGAUGCAACCAAACAAUGCAAAUGCCGCUCUGCAAAUGGCUCUACAGAAUGUUACAAUCACGUCACAGGAGAUUCAGAAUGCACGCUUAGCCAGCGAAAAGUUUAAAGGUUGGAAAGAGGAGGAGGUUAGGAGUUAUCUUGUCCAGCUUAAGCAGCAUCAGCUCAGGAACAGAUACAUGCCUCCGCGACCGCAACCAGCGCCAAACCAGCCAGGACAGCCAGGACAACCGACGCAGAUGGCCCAAGUGCCACCAACCCAGAUCACUCCGGCUGUGCCACCACCGCCGCAAAGGCCUCCGAGCACUACUGCAGAGCCGUCCAUGGCCGCCGCACCUACCAAGCCUCAGAAACCGGUUGGAGGGAAUCGAUCAACGCCCCAACAAAAUUCUUCAGCAAUUCCGCAAAGACCAGCAAAGCGAGGCAGUGAUGAUGUGGAGGCGACGGGAUCAACUCCCGCGCCAGCUCAACGGCCACCUUCACAGCCAGGGCAAAUAGGCCCCCCGAGAUUGACACCGGCUCAACUUGCAACAAUGUCGCAGGAGCAGAGGCUCAAGUACGAGCAAUUUCUGAAAACGCGCCAGGCCCAGCCACCACAAAACCAGGACAUCGAACGUCUGAGAACUAUUUCGAACGAGGCAGGGCGCCAGUGCAGGGAAGAGGCCCUUCCAGAUGUACCCAUGAGCCCACAGCAGCACAUGGAGAUGGCCCGGGAUGCUCAGCAUAUGCUUGGCGAGAUACGCAAGGUCGCUAAGCUAUUGACGAAAUGGUACAGCCUCACCCACGAUGACACCCGUGCGAAACAAUAUUUUGUCACUCGCAUUCGCCUGCAUCAACAAUUCAAAGACGGCGAAGCGGCGACGCAGCCAAAAGAUGCUUUCACCAUUCAGCGUGCUUAUGUCGAGGAAGCCAAGUUGCUCUUGGCUUCCAUGGGCAAGGAUCUUCACAAUGCCGCACAGGCAGGACAGAGAAACACGCAAGGCGCCACGGAAUCGAACCACCCACAAGGUCCGCCAGCACCGGUUGCAACGCCCGUCGUGCAGCCCACGCCGCUAAGCGCGACAAACUUGGAGAAGCACAACAAGCAUGUCAGGUCCAACAGCAAAUCAGGAGGUCCGCCUGCUGCACCCACGUCAAAGGAGCCGCCUUUUCAAAUCCCAUCUGCUCCUUCGCCACACGGCGUGCCGACAUAUAGCAAUGCCAACGGGUCUCAUAUGGAUCUGACGCUGCCUAACAAGCGGCGGAAGCAUGGCCACAGUACAGGUGCGACCGGUAGCCCUCAGCUAGGCAAGCAUGCCUCUCCGGAAGCGAAGAAAGACAAGCCGGUGGAGCCGCAAUACCCUUGCCCGGAGCCGGACUGUGAAGCAAGCCGAUUCCCGUUUUUGACAGAAGAAGCUCGUCGCGCGCAUAUCCAGGAAGAGCACGUUAGGCCCCGUGAGGAUCCACCAAAAUAUCUUUUUGAGGCUUUUGCCGAAUCGCUCGGGCUCGACGCCAAUGCUCAAUCCAAGCACGACCCUACUUUUGUAACGACCGCACUCCCGACGAAUGCUACGCAACGACCUGGCCAGACCCCAGCCGGCGCAUCGACAAAAAUUCAAGAGAUUGCGGCCGGAUCAGCCGAUGCUACCAAGGACAUGACUAGCAGGGCCUUGGCCGCGAAGCCAACUGGCAUGAAUGCUCCAGCGGUCCAAGGCGAAGACAAUACCGCCACACAAACAGGUGCAACGGCAGGACUGUUGCAGUUUGGCACCAUUGAUCCGCAAAACUUGUCACAGUAUCUAGGAGGAUUAGAAAGUGGCGGCGGCGGCGCCAUCUCGAAUAUGGCCGUUUAUCGAGCUUUGUCGCCACUGGACACCCCGGAAUCAAGCAAAGACAGUGCAUCCUCGGAGCCCAACAGCGACGUCUCUGAAGGCAUUACACUGAAUGUAACACUCGACAUGGGCUUCGACACAUGGCAGCCAUUUGAUGGUGAUGGGUUCACUCUCGGAUCUGGCGCAGAACCGGAUCUGUCCGAAUCGAUGGCAUGGGAUGAUGUCCACGUUGAUUUCGACAAGCCCUUCUCGCUAGACACCAGCAUGUACUCAUAUGACCCAACCUCAAUGACGGCUUGA